AUGUCUAGAGGAGACAGAAUAGUGAAAAUGGCGUUGAAAAUAAUCAAAGAUAAAAAUGAAUCCAGUGAAUGUGAGGAGCAAAUAGAUACGGAAAUGAAAAUUCAAGAACGUGGAGAUGAGUUUGACAUCAUGGAGAUGCCUGUUGUCUUUGUUGGAGAUGUAGGAACCAAAAGCACAAAUUUUGGAAUAACGCUUGAAGAAAAUCAGCUGAUAUUAGAAAAUUUUGAAUUGAUGAGUACCUUGAUGACCGAUAAUGUAAAUGAUUUACAAAAUCAGAAGGAAACUGGAAAUAUCAUAACUCCAGCAGAAGAAAUCAUCAUAGAAAAUAUCACUAUUGAGACUACUGAAGAAGGAAAUCCCGAUAAUCAACAUAAUCAUCAGGGAGAUGACAGAAUUGAAAAAAUUAAUGAGGAUCAAAACAAACACACUGAUCAGGAAGAACACAGUCACGAAGAAAAUGAUGCCAAUCAAGAAAGAUCCACUAAUGAAAAUGGUGAUGAUGAGGUAAAUUACAGCAAUGAAGAAAAUGAUUACAAUGUUCCAUCUUACAAGUCGAGAAAACUUGAGCAAGAGAGAAAAAUCAAGAGAAAUACAGGAAAAAGUUAUACUACAAGUAAGGGCAUCGUCAUAAGAGAAAGACAGCGGAAGGAUUUAACCGAAUGUCGAAUGAAAUGUAGGGAGCGGAUCCCAGAAGCAAAGCUGGAUAUCAUUUUUAAGGAGUACUGGAAAAUUGGAAAUCAUGAUCGCAGAACCAUGUACAUAGCAGGCUUGAUUCAAACGCAAGAUAAAUCUACAAUGAGGUUACGACCAGAAGUGGAUGACAAUAAGAGAAAAUUCCGCUUUUUGUCUCAUAAGUAUCACUUCAAUGUUGAUGGAAAACAUGUACCUGUAUGUAAAACAUGUUUCAUGAAUACAUUGGGAGAAACGAAUCGAUUCAUUACCCAAGUGCUGCAAAAUAGCUUGGGAUCGGCUGCUGGUGUGCCACAAGCAGAUCAAAGGGGAAAGCACCCACCGAAAAGAAAAUGUUCACUGGAAGUGAUGGCUAAUGUUUCUUCUCAUAUCGAUUCAUUUCCCGCAUAUGAAAGCCACUAUACGAGAAAGCGUACCCAAAAAAAAUAUUUAUCCUCUGAGUUGUCAUUGGCAAAGAUGUAUUCCUUGUAUAAGGAGCAGACUGAUAUACCAGUUUCCAGAACGGUAUAUGAAGGUACAUUCCACAAGAAAAAUCUUUCUUUCAAGUCACCAAAGGCAGAUACAUGUAAAACAUGUGAUCAACUCAAUCUAAAAAUUAAAAUAGCAGUAAAUGAAGAAGAUAAAGAAACUAUAAAGGACGAUCUCCAAACACACCAGGCUCAGGCUGAAUUAGCUUAUACAACGAAAGCAGUUGAUAAGAAGAGGUCCAGAGAAGAUCCUGAAUUCGAAAUGCUUACUUUUGAUUUGCAGCAAUGUCUACCUACUCCAUAUUUGAAAACUGGAUUGGCCUUCUACAAAAGGCAGCUUUGGACUUUCAAUCUUACAGUCCACAGUGGUUCAGAUGAUCAAGCCACUUGCUAUAUGUGGCAUGAAGCAGAAGGCGGUCGGGGUGCUAACAACAUUGCUUCAUGCUUAUAUCAACAUCUCAAGAGUUUACCAGAAAGAAUAAAACACGUUGUUAUGUAUUCUGAUACGUGUGGCGGUCAGAACCGUAAUACCCAUAUGGGUGCUAUGCUACUCACUGCACUGCAAGCAUGUCCCCAUAUUGAAAUCAUUGACCAUAAAUUUCUACUUUGUGGUCACACUCAUAUGGAAUGUGACACAGACCAUUCCAUCAUCGAAAGACAGAAAAAAAGAUCAAACAUUGAUAUCAGUCAUCCUUACGAUUGGUUCCAGUUAGUCAGAGGGUGUGGGAAAAAAAAACCAUUCAAGGUUGUGCUGAUGGUGAAUGAGUUCAUUGAUUUUGCAAAACUACUCAAAGGACCAUUGAUUGCGAAGAAGUCUACCGAAAGUGGAGAUAAAAUGCUAUGGUCUGAAGUCAAGUGGUUUCGAUACUCUUCAGCUGAGAUAUUCGGACAUAUUUUAUUCAAAAAGUCCCUGAACGAAGAUUCUCAAUUCGAUUCAGUAAAUUUUGGGCGUCGUGGGAAGAAUAGAUUACUGAUCAAGCAGCUGACAAAACUGUACAAAGGGCCUCAGCCCAUUAGCGCUGAGAAAAAGGCUGACAUUAUGGACUUGUUGCCGUUCAUACAUCCACAAUUUCAUGAUUUUUACCGAAACUUGACAGUUAUUGGUGCGGUAGAAGAAGAAGAUCCAGAUUUGUCCAUCGAGGAAGAGGAUGAAGGAGUGAGAAGGAGAUUUUAG